AUGCCCUACGCUUUUGUAGGGGCGCUUUUCCAGUGCAACUUAACUUCCACUCAGAAACAAGAGUAUAUCAAGAACUACAACUCUGGGGCUGAACCGCCGUCGAUUCCCUGCUCCUCUGCUGUUCCCGUGAAACCUGUAGUGGCUGACGACUCUUCCAAAGGCACUUUCCACUGGAAAUCAUCACCACUUUCCGUUUCCCAGUCCAUUCCGUACCUCAAAACAGCUUCACCAAUGGACCCUCGAUUUGGACCAAAAGAAGCGUCGCUGUGGGCACAAGACGUCUUAGUCAACGAAGACUAUUCAUUCACCGAUCGUGAAGUCCAUAGGAUGUCUGUGGCAUCGUCGAAAUUGGCAAAGUAUAUCCAUAAACUCACCACAGCUCCAUUGGUCAAACUCGGCAACUGGUUCAGCUUCAACGGGAACAACAAGAAGAAACAGAGACUUCAGGAAGAGGCCAGGUUUGCUCAUUACCUUUCGCAGCUCAACCGUUCGUCUACACUUGGUCAUCUUCAAAAAAUUCAAUCCUUUUGGGGGGCUUCCAACAAAGGCCCAAACUAG